AUGAGAAGUGUGGUGAACUCCCUCUGUCAGGAGUUCAUGAAUGACAUCAUCAAAGUGUCCAAUAUUGAGGAUGAUGAUGAUGAUGAUCCAGCUGCCCUACAGAACUACCUGGAGAGAGGAAGAGGCUGGCUACUCCUCCUACUCAUCAGUAAACAUGGAGUACAGGGACUGUCAGUAGGUCGGGACUUCAGUAACCUGCUGGUCAACCUCCUCCCAUUUUGUCUGCGUUUCAAAGAGGACACCAUCCUCCCGGGGGAAACUAAGGCUGAUAUGCUUACGUCCAAGUCUUCGAGUCAUUUUCUGCCACCUGUAGGGAAUGUAUUUUCCCAACUGGAGAUGUCCUAUAAAUGGCAGAAAUCCUCCCAGACCAGGGACAAGGCUAUCCCUAAACACCAGCAGGUCCGGAAUCGUCAUAGCAACAAGUCCGACAGAAAACUCAGGAAACAGGCCCAUAAAAACCAGACAGAAGAAACGUCUGAUCAAGAUGAAGGCAGUAACAAUUCAAAUGAAGACCAGGCACCGAGGAUAAGACGGAACAAGAGGCUGAUAAGAAGAUGUCUAAUGUCAGGGUCACGGCUCCAGGAGAAUUAUUCCCGUCAGGAUUCCAUGAUUGAAGAAAAUGAACAAGAAAUUUAUGCCAUGCUGACAGAAGUCAAGAAAGACCCCAAACAUUGUUGUAUUCAGGAUCUAUGCAGUCUAAUACUCAACCUUAUUCAAAGUUUGUGUUUGCUUGACUUGGACCAAGUGUCAUUGAUCAAGGUCAUAUCACCAUCCAUCUUGCCACACUUGUUACAUCAUCUGACUGGCAUGUAUCCCUCCACUACCGGUGAAGUGGAUGAGUUGCUAGCGUCUUCUUGGAAGAAAGACGACAGUAUAUUCUAUCAGCGACAGUUGUUACGAGUUGUUCUGUCGUUAUGUGGAGUCAUAUCUACGCAGCAAAAUGGUGUUGGGGUCAUCCUGGGUCAUAAGGUCACAUCAGUCCUAUUGGAUGUGGCACAACAGGUCCAUCACUUCCAAGAAAUUAAAAUCCAGCUAUCCAGGACAAACCAGAAUAAAUCGGAGUCUACGAGCGUACAUGCUGUUGACCAGGAGUUCUGUUUGUUUUCAGAGAUAAACGUCGGCUUACUCCUGUGUUUUGACAUGAUAUUCCAGAACUUGCCCUUUAAUCUUGUGUAUGUUAAAAAUGCUGUUGAACUAGUAGAAGAUUUUGGACAAGGCCAGGGAUUUAGCUUCUUAGAAUGUGUAAUUAAAGAAUAUGACCUACAACAGUGUAGUAAGACCAAAGAGUCUUGUCUGAUAGACUGUAUUGAUGUAGAACCAGUGAAAGUCAUCAGUUGUUUCCUCAACACCUUGAAGUCUGUCAAGGUCAAUUACAUUCACUCGGUAUCCUGUCUGAAACGAAAACAUCAGAAGUGUUACUAUGGUUCCUAUUUUGACCAUCACCACGACAUUCUGGGCCAACGGCUCACACUGAAGUCGGAAACGGAGGUAGAUCACUCGAUACACUCCACAACAACCUUACCUGAUCCUUCUAAUUCCAGUGGAGUUUGUCUAGUCGCUUCCUGGUGCUCCUUUCUGUUGUCUGUUUUACCCGGUAUACAGUCCAAGGUGUCCCAGAUCGAUGUGCUGAGCACACUACACCUUUCAUCCAUGUGUUGCUGUGUACCGCUGGAAUCCAUCGUGUCUUGUGUAACUGGAAGUGUAAGUGCCUUUUCCCCGGCCAUCCAGAGUUAUGCUCUGGAAACACUCAACAAGAUUAUCCUUUCUCCGUACCUAGGUGGGAUAGACAGUAUGAAAGGUAUAGGUAAGUCAGGGUACUGUAGUUCUCAAUUCUGCCAGACGUACUCAAAUCAUUCUCAUUCUGACUCUAAAACACAAAAAGAAGAUGAGACAUUUCCUGCAAAUAUUGACAGUGGUUUUUCAAGCAGAGAUGUAUCAAGAAAAAGUUUGUCCCAAUUUUCAGAACCAGCAUCACGUUGGUCAUCAAUUGAGUCUUUUCGAGCUUUGUUGUUUUCCUCAAAUGUUCAUCUCGGUGAAUUGACAGCCAAACAUCUUCAGAUACUGGUACUAAGUGCUAAACCUGAUCUCAAGGAGGAAAUCUUCUUCAGAGUAUAUCUUCCAGCAUUCAGAUCAUUUAUUGGGACUUGGGGAAAGAUGCCGCAGAGCUCGUCAGAGGGGAGAGGGAUUCAGCUUUCCCUGGCAACCAAAGUACACUGUCUCUCAGCCCUACCUUACCUUCUUCAAGUGGACUCUGUGCUGAAGGUAUUUCUCACCAAGCGAGGGCUAGGGCAGAUCUGUGGCAUCCUGGAAGAUGAUGGUCUUCGGGAGCCAGCCCUUAAAGUGUUUGAAGCAUUAGUUCUUUUAGAUGAGAAUCGACUUAAGUGCAACGAAUGUGAAACGACAGACAGCGAUGAUCUUAAAGGUGGCAUGGUCAUAAAAGCGUUUAUUGAUGGUCUAGCUGUGAAAACAAAGGGAGAUAUUAGUGAGAAGUCACUUUGGCCGGGAUGCUGCCCCGUCAGGCAUAGGUUGUCAGGGGUAACCGAGGGUUCAAGUGUAUGCCUUAGAAACCUGGCCCUGAUGGUGGAUAUGUGGGAAACCUGUAGCAAGCUUUGCAUUAACAGUGAUAAGUUUGUGUCACAUUUCAAGGAUUCAGACUCUCUGAGCAUUGCAGAGGAUACACUGAUGGUGAUACUAAAGCAGAUGUAUUCACCAAACUGUGAACUGCCGUCAGAUACAUCAGAAGAUUCUGGCCAGGAGUCCAUUGGAGUGGGUAGAGUUAUGCCUCCUGUGGGGUGCUUCAUGUGGUUAUCCCUACUAAAAGCUCUUCUCAUUGUGUGUAGUGCCUGUUACAAGAACACAGGACAUCAGUCGGAGGUAGAAGAUGAGACAGACUGUGAAGAGAGACAUGUUGAGGAGAGGAUCUGGCAGAAAGUUAAUGCUGCGUUUCUCGGAUGUGCUGGGCUCCCCGUCUGUAAACUCAAAAUGCUCUUUGACAUUAUCCUGUCCUCUGCCAUGCCAAAAAAGUCCAGCGUCUUGGACAUAUCACAGUCCAUGAACUUAUCUCACAUAUAUGUUAAGGAAGACCACAUAGAAGAUGAUGAUGUUAGACAGAUGUUACAAAACCACAGUGAUGAUGACCUUGAACACCACGGGUCAACAGAGCGAGGGUAUGACGCUGACACUGAGGUGAUGUCUGUGGACGAUCUACAGAAGACUGGUGUUGUCGACCAACAAGUACGACGAGAGUACUACCCGGCCAUUUUCCGACUUGUAGUCAACCUUUUAGUGGCCUCACAGAGACAGGGAGAUGGACGCGAGAUUCUGGCUGAUGUCCUUGUAAAACUUCUACAGACACUUGGUGCUAACCAUGUGGCCGUGUUGGCAGUUUGUGAGGAGGGUCUGCUGCAUGACAUUUUGGAAGGAUUCUGGGAAGAAUUGAUAUCAAAGACAACUUCAGAAUCAGUACAAAAGGCCCUGAUGUCCCUGAUACAGCUGCUGGCACAGCACCGACUGACAGCCCAGGAACUCCAGAGGAUCAUCUGUCUGCUGCAGCAUCCUGGGAUACCACAGAAUCUUGUAGUGUCCACCUUGCUGUCUAUAGUGGAGAACUCGCGGACCAUGCCUUACCAUUCUGUGACCUUCCCCUGCAGGAGAAAGAAGGUCAAGGAGGGGAAGAAAAAGACGAAAUCACAGACUCCACAGAGAUCAGCUGUGCCUAAGUUUGCAUUUUCAACUGAGGUGGAAGAUGCUGAUAUUGCCUUCAAGGACAUUGGUGAUAUUGUUGACAUUAGUUUAAAACAAGAGCCGUGGCAGUUAGCGACCAUCACCCAGGAGGUACAUGGCGGCCUGGUCUGGCCUCCUGGGAUAGAGGGGUUCAGUGUGGCAAUGUGGCUGCAAAUAUCUGACAGUGCCAUCCAGACCCAGGGUCAUACAUGGCCUGCCAAGGGUCAAGACUAUUCCAGCUCACUCGAAGGUGGACAAUUGUCUGACACAAUUACACAUAGAAGUCAGUCUGAACCGCUGGCCUCAAAAAACCUCCUACAUGUUGUAUCCAUUGGCAAUGAGGACAAGUUGUUGGAGAUAUGGGUGAAUAUAUCCAGUAGGAGUCUCCUGUUCAGAAUCACAUCAGCAACAAUCCAGAUCACUGGACCGACACAGAAGGAGGCUGUGUGUAAGGAUUGCCUCCAUCUUGAACAGUGGCACCAUCUAGUGGUCAAUUACAGUGAAGAACAUGACAAAGAACUGAGCAACGAUGACACCAUCCCAACACGUGAAAUGUUGAAAGGCAAGGUGACCUUGACCUUGGACGGCUGUAGGACACACACACUGUGGCUCCAACACCAGAUGGCACCAUCACCUAGGAAACAUGCCCACAGUGAUACCCACUUUUUGACAGUUUGUCUUGGACAUUUGUUAGAUGAGAUGUCAGAGACAGCCCCACUGGCCUCUUGGUCCCUGGCAUCCUUUAUGCUCUUUCGAGGUUGUUGUGUUGGAGAGGAGGAAUGUCUGCACUUGUACACGCUCGGGCCAAGCUGCCACACCCUGAGUAAGUGUGAUAGUACUGGGGUCGGACGGUCCUACCCUCCUCGGCUCUCCAAGGCUACUGUUGCCAGUGGAGGGUGUCUCCAUGGAUACCCUGGUAGGACUCAAUCAAACUUAGUGCUUUCAUACAAUGCAUGGAACUCUGACAAGAUGGGUUACUACUCAACAUUUGGUCCCACAACUGAAGACUCCGCCGCCAUUAUAACCAACCUGGGAUUGACUGGUGUCACCACAAGCCUGCUGUCCCAGCAACCAAACAACAUCUCAACUGAAGCCCAAGGGGAGAUAACUCCUCACACGAAUUACAUACUGGAGAAGGCCCUCGAGGAAGUUGGAGGAGCAUCUGCUAUUUUGUUCCUGGUUGCUAAGGUAUACGAGGAUAAAGAUGAGAAGUACUCUAACAAGGAGUUGUAUCAGUCCAAGGCCCUACAGCUGUUAUUCGCCUUUGUCAACCAUUCAUCAUACAUAGGGCGAGACUACAUGGCCUGCUCUGGUCACCAGCUCCUUACGAAGGUCCUGACCAGCUCUCACAGUCAUGUGGGCUACCACACCCUGAAGGUGUUGAUGGAUGCCAGCGUCAGUGAGUCCCUGUUCCGUACAGACAUGGGUGAAGUUCCCUUAGUGUUACGCCGUAAAUCGGAGGCAGUGGUGACCAACAUGUCUGUGAUAGAGGAACUGCUCCUUAACUGGCGGAUCUGGGAAAGGUCUGACCCCGGGGUAUUUCUCCUCAUGUUCCGUGCUCUUGCCUCGCUGAUCAGGGAAGAUCACCCUUUACAGGACUUUAAUGUUAAACAGUUUCAGUCAAUCAACAUUCUCAACAAGAUUUUCCUCAUGUACAGGGAGAGGAUCCAGGAUGCGUGUCCUUCAUUUUCAACAGACAUCGGUCAGUCUGUGGUCAGUAUAUGCCAAAGCAUGAUGGGAUCGCCUCCCGAUGUCCAUCUGAUCGUGUCCAUGUGUGAUUUCCUGUUAAAUGUCCACCCAGCUGCCAGCACGUACAUCAAUCAUGCCAAGGAAGACUUCUACUUCACACUGUGGUGGGAUUUGCCGGAGACAAAUGCGAUGAAAAAGAAAGAUUAUUUGACCCAGAUCAGGCGUCCAAGUCAGCCGGAUACUCAAUCUAGUGUUUCCGAAUCAAAGUCUGGCUCAAACGCAGGCCCUGAUUUAUCUGACGAGACCAGUAAUUCUGCGACCAGCCCCGAGGACUCCCAGACACAAGAGAACAAGUACCCAGAAAUCCUCGAAACAAACCCAGUCCCACCGGACAAUGACAUCAAAACAGCAGCUUGGACAUGGGAGGUGGUACCAGGAGCGAGUGACCCCAGCAGUGCCCAAGUGGACACUUCGGAAACUGUAUCAGACCUUGAGAACCACGAGACAAUUAACCGUCGGCCAGUCGUCAAUAUAACUACCGGGGACAGUAGUUCACUCAGCUCCUCCCCUACAGAAGCAUCUGAUAUUGCACUUGACAAAGUCACUAACAAUUUUCCUGAGAUUACAGGAGAGUUCGUUACAGAUCUCCACGUUCCCCGACAGUCUGAGAAUGAGGAGGAAGGGUUGUAUGCUCCAAGGUCGGAUGUUCAGUUUGAUGUUCCGGAGACUGACACAGAUGAGUCUGAGAGAGAAAGAGGUCUUACUGCCUUGUGUGUAGGGCUACUCCAGACCUUGUCAAGUGUCCUGGUGACCAUGCCUGAUAGUACUACACAGAAGGUUUUCAACAAAGUCCUCAAACCUGAUAUCCUCAUUGUCCUGGCACACAACAGUUCUCCUCAAAUAAGGACAGCUGUACUUAAGUUACUGAUGGUUUACCUGAAGAGAGCUACGCUGACCAACUCUGACCUGGUGGACACUUUUCUCCAAAAGAUGGGGUUCCUUCUGAUCAGUGCCCAGAUGUAUCAGUACCCCACCCACCAAGAACAGAUAGAGGAAGUCAUCUCGCUUAUCAUAGGACGACCUUUCACCUUCAGCAACAGGCUUGACCUUGAGGACUGUUUGGAAGAUCUGUCGGCUCUACAGCAGGCUGCCAUUGGUCUCUAUAUAUCUCUACUGGACAUGACCGUGUAUGACUCAGACCUUUGUAGUAGCAGUCUUCUUCUCACUCUACAGCUAUUCACCAAAGACUCCGUAUUUGGAUCCAUGAUGUUAGAGGUUGGUCUAGUAGAAACCCUCACCAACAUACUGGCUCGAAUAAACAGAUCCUACAGGGAUGGUGACCAGGAGAGACUGGGAGAACACCAGAGGUGUAUGGACACUAUAAAAGUCCUGCUAUCCACCAUAGUGGUCCGAGAGUUCAGUGCCAGUGGAUCAUUACAUCUACAGAGGGUAGAGGAGGUCAUGGAGCUGCUGAGAUACCUGGAGGAGAAAGAAUUACAUAGAACAGGAAAUAAGGCAUGCAAACAAGCCCAAAGUGUGCGAGUCAUCCAGUUACAUGUGAUGUCAAGUAUCCUACACUACAUGGAGUGUGCCAGUCAGGAAAACAGACCUCUGUGGAUGUCACGCCAAACGUCAUCACAGGCCUCCAGUAUUUAUGGAGCUAGUCGACCCAGGCACACUUUCUCUUCACCACAGUUUCCUUCCCAAGGACACACCCCUUUGGGGUACCCCUUCCAACCUUACCUCCCAGCAUUUGGCACAAACAAUCCUUCCAAACAGACCACCUCAAAGUUCCAUCUUUCGUUAGAUCUUCCGUAUGAGGAAACGCCUUCCAGCGACACGGAAAGUCACUUGUCCUAUGGAAGUAUGAGAGUAUUACCAGGAGUCAGUCGGACCAUCUCCGUGGACCAAAACCAGUCAAAGCAGGGAAAACCUGGUAUCAUCACGUCAGUCCUGGAAACAUUUGGACGUAAAAAACGACUUAGUGUUAUUCCAAUUACACACUCGGACCUCAUUGACCGGUUCAAACACUUUAUGGUCAUGGCUGUCAAUCUGUUUGUCUUCACAGACAAAGAGACUGUGAAGAGAGAGGGGUACACUCGUACCCUCAACCUGCUGUUUGAGAGGUCAGAAGUGGACAGCAUGGAGACAUUACAUAUACGCAAGCUAUUUGAAUUCCUCUACCGAGCAUAUGAAAUGACACUUAGUCAGGACAGAAUGAUACCUAGGAAACCACGUAACAGUUUGAUGUGGGCGGCCAGGGAUGUGACCCGGGUACAGAUAGGACGACUCAUGACUUUUCUGCUGUCCCCGCGACAGGAAGUUGACAAUAGGGCCUACGUCCUGUCCUUUUUUCAUGGUGAGGUCAGGGGCAGUGAGAUCCUCAAGGUCAUCCUCAACACUGCCAAUGAUCAGGGAACAGAGAUAGCUUACUACAUGUUUGAUUUACUGACCAUCUGGGACGACUGUCUUAACACACAACAGAGGGAAGACGCUUUCAAAGUGCUCAACAUCAUGAAGAGCACAGGCAUAGCUGUCGUGUCCCCGAUGCCGAGAAAACAAAAGAACACAGAAGAGUACUUCAAAGAGGAGAAAAAGAUGAUAAGCAUAAAGUUUGAAAAAGGAAGAAAACAAAUCACAAAAAAACACUGUCAGACGAUGGAAAGGGUUCUAAAACGGAAUGACAAGCUCUACUCACAGUUAUCUACCCUUGCUAUGGAUAUUACUCGAACAGUGACGAGACUGCAGACGACAGAGCGAAACAAGUUUGUGGAGCAUAUCAAGCGAAGCAUGACGGAACACAUACAGGUCAAAAAGUCCUGGCAGAACAUUGUACAGAACCUCACUCAUGAGAGGGCCGUUUGGUAUUGUGCCGACUCCUACCCACAGUCAUGGCAACUCGACCCCACUGAGGGACCAAGCCGUAUCAGAAAGAGGUUAAAACGCUGCCACCUCAAUAUUAAACCCAAGUUUCUCAGUGAAGACACUGCCUGGAAACUAGAAUCUGAAACAGUGGACCCGCCCCUGAUCUACCUGUUUGAGGAUGACCAUCACAUCUCUGACUCAGCUGCCCUCAUAUACCAGCUUUAUCGUAAUGAGAAGAUUCAACACACCUGUAAAUGUAAGGCUGUGUCCCCAAACAACGAGAGUAAUGGCGAGCUCUUGAUUGGAGAGAACAGCAUCUUCUUUGUAGCAGACGAGGCGAUCUCAGAUGUUAACUAUACUCAGGUGUUGCUAGGCAACAAGGACCAGCUGUCAAUGACCUGGCCAUAUGAGGACGUUAAGGAGAUUCGUAGGUGUUGGUACCAACUACGUGACAUCGGUAUUGAGAUAUUUCUCACUAGUGGCAAGACAUGUAUCCUGGCCUGUUAUAAAACAAAGGAGAGAGAUGAGCUACACAAGGUUCUGGCCAACCUUGAACUUCCUAACCUGAUGGAGUCCGAGGACCUAAACCAAAUCCUGCGCCUCUGGCUGCUAGGGGAGAUAACCAAUUACGACUACCUCACCUACCUAAACAAGAUCUCGGGACGAUCCUUUAACGACCUCAUGCAGUAUCCAGUGUUUCCAUUUAUACUGAAGGACUAUGUCAGUCCUACGCUGAAUCUCAGAGAUAGUAACGCAUACAGAAAUCUGGAAAAACCCAUCUCUGUACAAGAGAAAAGCAGGGAGGAAAAAUACAAAAAUAAUUAUGAGGUCCUGAUGCAGGAGUACAUCCGGGAUGGCCAUCAUGACAUUUCUGGUCUGAAGAUGACACCGUUCCAUUAUGGCAGUCAUUACUCCAAUAGUGGUACUGUGCUCCACUUCCUUAUCCGCCUUCCUCCCUACACCAAAAUGUUCCUCAGCUACCAAGAUGACAACUUUGACCUGCCUGAUCGAUCCUUCCACAGUGUUGAGACAACAUGGAGACUCGCUAGUUUUGAAUCAACAACUGAUGUCAAGGAGCUCAUCCCUGAAUUCUUUUUCCUACCAGAAUUUCUUAUAAACUCUGAAGGAUUUGAGUUUGGUAAGCGACAGAAUGACCAGCAGGUGUCCGAUGUGACCUUGCCUCCUUGGUGUAAUGGGGACCCCCGUUUGAUGAUCCUCGUCCAUCGUCAGGCCCUGGAGUCAGAUUAUGUCAGGCAAAAUCUUCACCAUUGGAUAAAUCUGGUGUUUGGCUACCAACAGACAGGGCAAGCCGCAGUACAAGCCAUCAAUGUGUUUCAUCCUGCGACCUACUUUGGGAUGGACAUUGACAGUGUGAAGGAGCCUCUGAAGAGGCAGGCCCUAAGGACCAUGGUAAAGACAUACGGACAGAUGCCUAAACAGUUGUUUAAACAGCCUCACCCUCAACAGGGGCAGGCUCAACCGGGAAUUCUCAAACAACUAAUCGGCCAGACGAGUCACGGCCCUGACCUGGACUACAGAUCUGCACCCUACGUGCCGAGUGUGGUGCCCUCUGUUUGCGGCUUGAAGUGGGGAGUGUAUGCAGGGUCGCCCCAGUUGGAGCCCCCUAUUGUUGUCUGGCAGGAGAAGUAUGAAACAGCCAUGGCCUCCCUGUUUACUUUGUCAACUGGAGAAAUUAUUGGUGUAGGGGAGGACAGUUACUGUGUUACAAUGAACAGCAAACAGAAAGUUUCCACAGUGAACUUCUCCACAGACGUAACAUGGGCAGCCAUCAUUGACUGGCAUCAACCAGGAGGAAUCCUCAGAAUAAAAAAUGACAAAAAUCGGCCAAAAACAAACUUUCUACAACACAGCCCAUUUGAACAGAUCACAUGUUUGGCAUCCGUACCAGACUGUCGUCUGCUGUUUAUCGGCGGUACUGGUGGUGUGAUCACAGUGUACCAGACCAUCCACAACCAGGCCAAGGAGAGUCACAUACAAGUGAGGGGCAGUAAAAGGAUGCUACACGGCCACACAGACACCAUCUCCUGUCUGGUGGUCAGUAAACCCUUCAGUGUACUGGUCAGCAGUAGCCAUGACAACACCUGUAUCAUCUGGGAUCUCAACAGGUUGUGCUACGUUAGGUCAAUAUCUACUCACAAGUCUGCGGUGAAGUUGGUGGCUAUAAGUCCACAGCUAGGAGACAUCGCCUCAGUCAGCAGUUACGGGCCAGGGAGCUGUCUACAGCUUCACACCAUCAAUGCUGCCCAUGUGGCCUCUUCUGUGUGUGAAGACACCAUUCACUGUCUCGCGUUCUCAGCUGCCCCAGAAGGUCGAUCCAUCAAUGUCAUCGCAGGGGGUCUCAGCUCAGGAAUGGUCAGGCUGUGGAGCAGCUGGAACCUGACUGUUCUGAGGGACCUCCAACAUGAUUGUCUUCUUGCCAAACCAGUCAUUAGUCUUGCAUACUCAUGGGACUCCCAACGGCUCUGUAUGUGUACUUCUGACGGAACUGUCACAAUAUGGGAGUCGGUUUCAGCCAGAUCUUCAAAGUCGAUACCACCACAAUUCAUGUCGUUCCUAUAAACAGAUAUUCUCUGCAUGGAAGUCAACCCUUAUAGGGGAGGGAACAGAUCUCUGUUGGUGAAGAUUUCAAACCAAAAUAAACACUCUAUGUUCUAUGUUUACACAUUAGUUGAAUUGUUCAGGGUUUGACCCGAACUGAACGAAAAGGUACGGUAAUACAGUUAUAUAAUAUUACUCUCCGAAUGUUUCCGGUGAAUUUGUAAUAUUUGUGAUAAGAUCAUUUACCCAAGCGGACUUUCAAAUUGAGCUAUCCUUGCCAAAGUUUAAGGGAUCAAAUCUUGUUUUAACAUUCCAGACGUGAAGUUACUGGUAUAUAUAGACAGAGAGGUUAUCUCAUUGUAUUUGUAAAUCACUAGGUACUGUGGGCCAACCUUAUUAAUACUUAACCCUUUCACCCCUACUGACCAUAUUGGACUUCAAAUUAUGAAAGAAUGGCAGAGUCCACUAAAGUUUCUUAGGGUUGAAAGAAUUAAUGGAACCAAAUAGUUUGAUCGCUUUUUUCAAAGGAAGCCAUCAUUUGUAGAAUACCAUUAUUGAUCAUUUAAGAUAUUGUAGAUAGUUAUAAAGUGUGGCUAAACUGACACCAUUAUCAGCGGAUAAGUCCAACCUCCCGUAAUUGUUGUUAUAUUUCUCAGUAAAUGAAUCUGAGGUGGAUGCCAUUAUAUGAUAGUAUUCUAAUAGAGCUUGAUAGAAGAAAAGUAAAAAAGCAAAGGGUUCUAUAACUUCAUAGAAUUUAUUAUUUUACGUGUUUGGGAUGGCUAGGCCAACCAUCAUCAGAAUUUGAUUUUAGUUUUCAGCUUAUUGCCAUCAAGACUUAGUCUUAAAAUAGUCCCAUAUACAUUGAUAUAUCAUGUACAUAUCUCUUGUGUGCCAUUUGUAUUACAGUUAACUUAAUCAAUUAGCAUUUAUCAAAUUAAACAUGUACAUUUUUUAAUAGGUACAUAAUAUAUAUAGUAAUUUAUAUGUCAGAACAUGUGCUUUAUGUGCUGCCUCUGAAAAUAGGGGAGAUAACUUUCAUCUGCCUUGAGUAAUAUGUGACAUGUAAGCUUGUAUAAUUUAUAUAAUCUUAGAGGUGCCAUAGAAUGGUUUUAUUGUAAUGUUACAUAUCAUGUAAUUGUAUAUGUGUCUAUGUGUGUUACAUGUGUCAAACACAAACAAGUUAUGUCCUAUAUAUAUACAUGUAUGUGUGUUAUUAUAAUAUAUUCGAAUUUAUAUUAAAUGUAGCAUUAUAACGGCUGUUAAACUGAAUUAUUAGUUGAAGCUGCAGCUGUUCCAUUCACAUUUGCUCUCUGAACAUCUAGAAUAUAUCACGACAAAGUUUAGACUGGAAUCACUGCCACUUUGUGGAUAAAACAAAAAGACUUUUUGAUCCUUUAAUGUGCGUCAAUGUUCCCAAUCACCAUACCAUUAAACUGACUGGCUUUGAACUUUUUUGAUUUUUCUCUGUGAACUUUCAAAAGAAAUACAUCAGCUUAGUGAAUGGUCAGGCUUUUUCCUGACACAAUCAAAUGACAAGUUGUGUGUCUUUGAUUUUGUCAUGACAUAUUCCAGGGGUACAGAGAGUGAAAGUGAACGUAACUCAUGGAGUAUCGAGAAUGGGGUACAGAGAGCGAAAGUGAGUGUAACCCAUGGAGUAUCGAGGAUGGGGGUACAGAGAGCGAAAGUGAGUGUAACCCAUGGAGUAUCGAGGAUGGGGGUACAGAAAGUGAAAGUGAUCGUAACCAAUGGAGUAUCGAGGAUGGAGAGCAAAAGUGAGUGUAGUUACCCAUGGAGUAUCUAGGAUGGGGGUACAGAGAGCGAAAGUGAAUGUAACCCAUGGAGUAUCUUGGAUAACUUAAUAAAAUACUUACAGUAGGUGCAGUCUAAAUAAAUCACUAUUUUCAGGUACAUUACAUUCCAUAAAUUUACCAUUGAAAGUUUUGUGAACUAUAUAUGUGUGUACAUGUACCUGUGAAGAGUGAAAUUUAGAUAUGGUUUUAGUCAAACUGUGGUAGCUACGUAUACGAACAGUGUAUAAGUUUAAGAUGCUCUGUCUCACUUAAAUUUUGACAGAGGUUCAUUGUUAUAGCCAUAUAAAUAAUGUACUAUAAGCAUAAUACAAUUGUAUAAAUAUAAAUAGGUUUUGAUCAUGUCAUAUACGCAAAGUUACACAAAGUUGUUAUCUUAUUAUGAAGACAAUGAAUACCUGGGGGCAUAGCUGUUCAGCAGUAAGUGUUCAGUAACGGGGCCAACCACACACACAGUUCUAUAUAUUACUGGUAGUGUUCUUUGUCAAGUUUUACAAAGUGUUCAACUGUUGAGCCAGUCUUUUUAAAGAUUGAUUUUGAAAAUACUAGUAUAUAUAUCGUGGUACAAAUUUUUCAUAUUUCAAAUGUACAAGUAUGUAUGUAUUUUUUUUUUGAUGAUAAAAUAUGAAAGUGUUCAACUGUUGAGCCAGUCCUUUAAAGAUUAAAUUUUGGAAACAAAUAAUAUAGGGUACAUAGAUUUUAUAUUACAAAUUUAAUGUAAAACUUUGUAUGUAAUGUUUCUGGUGAUAAACUAUAAAAAAAGUUUUGAACUAAAAAUAAUAAAUAAAUAAAUAAAAAAAACUAUAUACAAUACAUGUACAGUAUAUAAUGCUUUAGGUAAGAAAUCCUUUUAUUUGUAUGUAAAUGUUUCUAUUAUUAAGUAUAUGCAUGUUAUCAUAAGACCUAUUCUUACAUAGCUUUUGUUACGAACACCUUUAAUCAAACCUAGAGCCAUUAUAUUAGAAUGACUGUAGGUUCUCAUUGUUUCACGAUUCACAUACCACAUCAUCACUUCAGAGCAUCACAGACUUUUUUAAUGGUAAUGUGACAUAAUCAGUAACAAAAGAAUUGGGCAUGGAGUCAAAAUGUUUGAUACUUUAAUAUUCAAGUCAAUCUGAGAAAAUGUUGAUUUGCAAAUAUUUACAGUGAAUCUUCACUUUAAAUGUGAUAAACAGAAUCUUACAUUCAUUUCCAAUUUUUUAUAAGAUUCAUGAAAUGUGACAUCUUUUUUUAUUUUAGUAGGUCAUUAGAGCCUUGUUGAAAUAAAAAAUAUCUUACUGAUAUCAUGCUUUAAUCGAAAAAUAAAAAAAAAAAAAAUAAAAUGUACCAUGCAAUUAAGGUCACGAUACCAUUAAAUUGACUGCCUCUAUGUAUUUAGAGAGAGCAGUGAACCGUUCUUGUGUUAUGAGUAUUAAGAUAUACAGCAGAAUAUAACAGGGUAAUUAGGUCAUACACUGUAUAUCGGUAUAUACAUCAACAUACAAUGUCAAAUGUGUGUGUAGCUAUAACAUGAUAAAUUAUAUACACUAUAGAUAGGUUUUACAGGUAUACCUAUGCCAGUAUUUUAGAUGUUACAGAGCCAGAUUUCCGAUGCAAUAGUCAAUAUAUUUACAGAUAAUACUCUAGGUAAUGGUAUACCUAAUGAUUAUUUGCCUAGUCAUUUUGAAUGUUAAAACAAUGAACAUGUCAUGCAUGCUUCAAAAGCAGUAGUAAUUCAUACAUUUUUAUAUCUGACACUGAAAACUUGCUGAUUGUGCUUUAUUUGUUUUAAUUCAUCAAGAUAUUUUGACAAUUGCUUGUGUACCUGUGACUACCUGUACGACUAGUGUGUUUUACCUUAUAGGUCAAUACUGUUAUCUCUAUAGUAUCCCCUCUGAUGUGUAUCUGUAUUGUACCUGUUUUAAUCUGUAUACAUUGUAGCAAAGUUUAACUAGAAUGACCUCUGGUGUUGUUCAACUCCCUGUCACUGUUGACCUUGGCGAUCAGGAUUCGAUUCCCCGAUUGGACAUGAAAAAGUAUUGGGUAACCUGCCCAAUCAUGUGGGAUUUCUAUGGACAUUUCGGUUUCCUCCUACAGUAAGACACGUCCUGUGCUUCCAUCAGGGCAAACAAGAGUUAUCAGUGGUAUAAGUUGAUAUAACUUGUUUCAAAAUUGUUGUUAAACUAUAUUAAGUUUAUAGUUGAAGUUGUUGACCUCCGAUAUUAAAACAGACUAUAGACGAAUAAAUAUUUAUGUUGGGAACAUCAAUCUUUUAUUUCAAUCUUGUAAGUACCAGUAGGUGAAACCUAUUAUUUCAAUAUGUAGUGACUGUAUACAAAUGUAUUAUAUAAUAAGUAUAAAGUGUACUCGGUACAAUGAACAGGUGGACAUGCCUAAAAAAUGAUUUUGUAUUUGUGUUACAUGAGUAUUUAUCGUUAAGUUCAACUUAACAGGUCAUUCUUGUCUGACAAAUAUUUCCAUUAUUUGUAUUUACACUGUGUUGUGUACCUAAACUGAAUAGUAUUUACCCCAGUUUACCUGAGCGUAUCACUUGCCGUUUGUAUACAUUUUCAUAACUAUAUGAUUUUUAAAAAAAAAGUAUUUCAGUAAUUUAACAACAUAGUGGUGACACUUUUAUUUAUUUUUAAAAUCUAUAUGCAUUGUUUUCAAUGUAAUAUGUAAUAGAUAUUCAGUUCAACAUGUCACCAGUGAAGUAUAAGAAAUUAUCAACUUGAUAAAGUCUCAUAUCUCACAGUGAUGAUAUAACUUUUGUUUACCAACCAGAACGGUACUUUCUAUUAAAAAAGUAUGCUCUAAUUUGACACAGAUGUUUUUCAUUCCUUUUUUCGUCUUUAAAAAAUGAAAUAAAAGGAAAAACAUAUGGUUUCCCGAUUUUCACUUGUAUCAGAAAAACUGAUAUUUUCAUUUGUGAAAAAUAUUGAUAUUCUGUCAUACUUGUGAAAUAUAUGUUGUAUUCAACGGUAAGCCAUUCAAUAUCCAGAUAUUAUCCUCGAGCUCUAUAUAUAUAUAUAUCUACGAUUCGCUGCUUUAGCUAGAAAUGUGUCCCUAGCUAGUGUUGAAUAUUAAGACUGUGAUAUGUUGAAGAUUUUACUAGUAGAAUUCCAUAUUGUUAUUUUUAUACCAAGUUUGUUUAAAACAAACUUUUAAACAGUAAAAUACAUUCUAUCGAUA